UCUCUUCUUAUCAUCUUUGAAUCAUCUAACGAAUUAAAGCCAUAGAAAUCUCCUACACUUCUGCUUCACAAAAUUUAAAAAAAAAAAAAAAAAAAAGUGAGAAAUGGCUGCUUAUGGAGCUCUAGUUUCUGUUAUGCUUUUCAUAGAUGAAAUUCAAACUCAUCCGAAUCCUCCGAUUUCCAUCGACCACCAACAAGUUGAAUCUCUCACUCAACUAAUUACUUCCUUGCAAGAAUUUCUCCAAGGCUAUUCUCCCCACAGUGGCUACACGAAAGAAGAAGAUGCGUGGGAGAAUCGAAUUGCAGAAGCGGCUCACGCUGCUGAAGAUGUGAUCGAGAUGUAUGCCGGCGACCAAAUUCUUGCUCGUUUAAGAAAUGAUGCACAAAAGAUCACAUCCAUUCAAUUCUAUCAAGGUUUGCAGAAGGCGAUAGAAAACAUGAAUUUGAUCAACGUUGAGAUUAAAGAGAAGAUGGUACUCCAAAAUCAACUACGCAUCAAAGAGUUUGUGACUCCUUCUGCUGCUAGAGACUUAUCUAGAUCUACAUCGACGGCUAAAAACGUUACUAUGAUUGGUUUUGAUGAUGUCUUAUUGCAAAUGCUGGACAAGAUCACUAUAGGAGGACCCGAUCUCCAAAUUCUCCCAAUCGUUGGAAUGGGUGGGAUAGGCAAGACCACUCUUGCUCGGAAUAUCUUUGUAAGUCCACUUGUCCAACAACAUUUUGAUGUUUGUGCGUGGUCAACAAUUUCUCGAGGGUAUAAUGCACGAGAAAUUCUUGGACAAAUUCUUGAUCAAGUAAACAAGAAGGAGAACCGCAUGAGAGAUUUGAGUGAAGAUGAAUUGGGAUUAGAUUUGUACCAAUAUUUGAUAAGAAGGAGGUAUUUUAUUGUGAUAGAUGAUAUGUGGAAUAUUGAGGCAUGGGAUCAAGUUAGGAGAUUCUUCCCGCAUAAUAGAAAUGGAAGUAGAAUGGAAGUGACGACAAGACUAUCAAACUUGGCAUCUCAUUUUAACUACUCCAACGGUCUUGAUAUGAAAUUUUUGGAUGAGUAUGCUAGUUGGGACCUAUUUUCCAAAUCUGUGUUUGGGAAAGAAAGUUGUCCUCUUGAGUUGGAGGAUAUUGGAAAGAGGAUUGUGGAAAGUUGUCAAGGACUUCCGUUGUUUGUGGCUGUGAUAGGGAGACUCUUAUCAAAAUCUGAACGAACAAGAGAAAAUUGGGUGAUCGUAGAAAAAAAAUUAAGUUCAAUUGUUAGUUUGGAUGAUAAGGAGAGUUGCCUCGAAGUAUUAUACAUGAGCUAUAAUCAUUUACCAGUUCAUUUAAAGCCAUGUUUUCUCUUUUUGGGAAUAUAUAAUGCUUAUAAGAUUCCAAUUUUUAGCAGCCAAUUUUUGGUUGCUAGGGGACUUAUAAAACCAAUUAAUGGGAAAAGUUUGGAAGAGGCAACAGAAGAGUAUUUAGAUGAACUUGUUGAUAGAAAUCUUAUGCUAGUUAAAAAAGGCAAUCGUUCAUUCAAAAUGCAUGACCUUUUAGCGGACCUAUGUUUAAGAGAAGCUCGAAAAUUGAACCUUUUUUCUGUGUCGGAUGAGCGGAUCAUUCCAAAGCCUCUACGCAGGGACGGAACUAGACUUUCAAAUAAGCCGUCACUAUUUUUAUUUAGUGACAAAGUUAAGGAUUAUGUUUGUGAGAUCUGGAAGAUGCCUCAACUCAGGCUUGUCAUCAUCUAUGGAGGGACACUUGAUGGUGCAUAUUGUCUCCCCGAUCCUCUCAGUGACGAAGAGGACAUGGUGGUGUUGGAAAAUCUACACACACUCAUUGAGGUGAAGAAUCUCAAGUUUGGAGAUGGGGUGCUUAAAAGAAUUCCUAAUAUCAAAACACUGAAGAUACGCUAUGAUAGAAAAGUAGAUACCUCGGGAAAAGACUCCUCGGAAGAAGAAGAGGAAGACUCCUUUGAAGAAGAAGAUGUCUCAAGAGAGGAAGACGCCUCAGGAGAAGAAGAUGAUUACCGUCUCAACAAUAUCUGUUGCCUCCAAAAACUCGAAACUCUUCGGUUUCGUGGUUCUUCACAACUCGCCCAUAUAAUGCAACAACUAAGCUUCCCGCAUUCCCUCAAGACGUUGUCAUUAAAAAAUACCUAUCUUCCUUGGGAAGACGUGAAGACAAAAAUCGGUUCAUUGCCCCUUCUUCAAGUUCUCAAGCUGAAAAACCAUUCCUUCUGUGGGUCUGAGUGGGAAACAUGCGAAGACCAAUUCUUGAAUCUCAAGUUCUUAGCAAUUGAAGAGUGUGAUCCAGAGAUCUGGAUCACGGACAAUGCCCACUUUCCACGCCUUCAGCACCUUCAUCUUUGCCUUGUAUACAAGUUGAAGGAGAUUCCUUUGAGCAUCGGAGAUAUACCAACACUCCAGUCAAUCACUAUGGAGUAUUGCAGUAAAUCUUUGGUGGAAUCAGCUGAAAGAAUAAAGGAGGAGCAAGAGGAACUUGGCAAUGAAAACCUUCUAAUUCAUGAGAUCAGUCUGAAGAAGAAAACCUGA